GAGAGCGCGCCAGCCCCGCCGCGAUGCCCCCGCGCCCAGGACGCCUCCUCCCGUCGCUGGCCGGGCUGCCGGCCCUGGCCGCGCUCCUCCUGCUGAUCGGCUCCCGCAGGGGAGCCCGGGCCCAGGAGGCGGCGGCGGACGGCGGAGCCGAGCAGGACCCGCACGCCAAGCACCUGUACACGGCCGACAUGUUCACGCACGGGAUCCAAAGCGCCGCGCACUUCGUCAUGUUCUUCGCGCCCUGGUGUGGACACUGCCAGCGACUACAGCCAACUUGGAAUGACCUGGGAGACAAGUACAACAGCAUGGAGGAUGCCAAGGUCUAUGUGGCUAAAGUGGACUGCACAGCCAACUCCGAUGUGUGCUCUGCCCAGGGUGUGCGGGGAUACCCCACCCUAAAGUUUUUUAAGCCUGGCCAAGAAGCGGUGAAGUACCAGGGUCCUAGAGACUUCGAAACACUGGAAAACUGGAUGCUGCAGACACUGAAGGAGGAGCCCCCUACACCAGAGCCGGAAGCGGAACCACCCAAGGCCCCUGAGCUUAAGCAGGGGUUGUAUGAGCUCUCAGCCAACAACUUUGAGCUGCAUGUUUCUCAAGGCGACCACUUUAUCAAGUUCUUCGCUCCAUGGUGUGGUCACUGCAAAGCUCUGGCUCCAACCUGGGAGCAGCUGGCUCUGGGCCUUGAACAUUCCGAAACUGUCAAGAUUGGCAAGGUCGACUGCACACAGCACUAUGGACUCUGCUCAGAAAACCAGGUUCGAGGCUAUCCAACUCUGCUCUGGUUUCGAGAUGGCAAGAAGGUGGAUCAGUACAAGGGAAAGCGGGACUUGGAGUCACUGAGAGACUAUGUGGAGUCGCAAAUGCAGGAUCCAGAGGUGGCCCCGGAGACUGUCGAACCCUCAGAGGCCCCAGUGCUGGCUGCUGAACCCACAGGUGACAAGGGCACUGUGCUGGCACUCACAGAAAAGAACUUUGAGGACACCAUUGCACAAGGAAUAACCUUUGUCAAGUUCUAUGCUCCAUGGUGUGGCCACUGUAAAAAUCUGGCUCCUACCUGGGAGGAGCUCUCUAAAAAAGAAUUCCCUGGCCUGGCAGAGGUCACCGUUGCAAAAGUAGACUGCACUGCUGAGCGUAAUGUCUGCACCAAGUACUCGGUGCGAGGCUAUCCCACAUUGCUGCUUUUCCGAGGAGGAGAAAAAGUGGGUGAGCACAAUGGAGGUAGAGACCUUGAUUCUUUACACAGCUUUGUCCUACGUCAGGCAAAGGAUGAACUAUAGAAACCCCCACCCCUGAAGAAAUGCUCCUAGUGCAUAGGAGUGACAUCACAUGGACAUCCAUGUUUCCACUGUGGUUAGCCAGAAAACGGUGUGUCCUCAGCCUGUGUAUCUUCUCCAUGUGUGCUUCUUCAGCCACCACACACUACGGAUCUUGAUUGCGUGUCUCUAAUCAAGCUGGGCAAAUAUUUUCAGUGGCAAUCCACCCUGUAACCUUCUCUUGGCAAUAUUAAAUUGGCUUCCCUUGCAACUAAAAUACAGUUAAGAAAAACCAAAUUACUGAACUCUCUUGGCCCCUAGGGAAUGUGGGGAAGCAGGCUUUUGAACUGUCUAAAUUCUGGAAAGGUGACUGUGGCACAAUUGAUGUCCCUCAGAUCUGAAGGUCACAGUUGACUUCAUAAUGUGGUGAUGCAUAGUUUGGAGAUUGCAAAACAAAACAAAAUCCAGAGUUUUGAAGAUACCUUCAUAGCCACUGUUGGGUUCCUGGUUCUGUUAGUACUUGUCUAGUUGAGAGGGGUAAGCCAUGAUGAGUGGUACUUCUGAUGUAUGUUCAAAAUAUUCAUGUUGUUCAAGGGAUCCUCUUGUCUGCUUUGCAUAAGGUGGAGGGUGUAGCUGUCUUCUGCAGAAAGUGAGGGUGUGGGAACAUCCACACAGUGGU